GUACUUCCCGGCCGUGAUUCCGGUUAAACAGUUUUUGCCCGAGUUGGCCGUCGGAGUUUCAUGAGGUGCAUUAAAAUUUGCAUGGGCCUUUUUCGUGCUUCGUCGUGAAGCUGAGCCCUGCUAAAGAUCCCCGCUAAUCGGUGUCGGCGGUGUUGUGCUGGCACGAAAAGCCCAACAUCGGCUCGAUUCGACGGGUGGCGAGCGAUUAUGAAGCCACGAGCGACGCGAGACACCAGGGCGGUUUGGAUUCAGCAACGUGCCGCUGCCUGGGACGACGGUUUUAGUGUAGCUCGAGCGAUCGGUAAAGCCGGACAUACAAGCCCCGGAGAUCCACCCCGAACGGCUGUGCAGUGAUCGUGUGUUGGAUUUGGAGCGGGACCAGUCUGAUAGUAGUAGCAGUGAUAAUAUAUCGUCUAAUUCUGUGAACCUAACGCGAUUCGCGAUUAUCGGGAGAUUCGUUUUCGUUGAUUUCGUUGAUCGAUUGAAAGGACAAAAGAUGACGACGCAACCAUGGACCGUUGCGUUAAAUGAAUCCUGCUGAGUUAAAUCAGUAUCAACCAGUUGCUACGUUCGAGAAGCUAGAAAGCACACACAUCUACAGAAUGGAGAAGGGUAGCCCUUCGCGCCAGUUCCUGGCAGGAAUUUUAGUUAAUCUGGCCUCGGUUAUGGUCGGUACAUCGCUCGGUUGGACAUCACCGGUCGGUCCUAAGUUAGCCUCAAAGGAUGAGACGCCACUCGACACAAUCCCGACUGCCUCGGAGAACUCCUGGAUUGCCUCUCUAGUUGCACUGGGUGCACUUAUCGCACCUUUCAUGGCAGGUCCUUUGGCCGAACGGUUUGGCCGUAGACUGACGCUGCUCGGUAGCUCAGCCUUUUUCAUCGUGUCCUGGAUACUGCUGUUGACCACCGGCACCGUCGUCCAGGUGCUUAUUGCCCGGUUUCUGCAAGGCUUGGGCGUUGGCUUCGUUAUGACCGUGCAAACGAUGUACAUUGGAGAGAUCGCAUCGAACGAGUACCGUGGUGCCCUCGGUUCCCUAAUGCAGCUGUGCAUCGUGACCGGUAUACUGUAUGUGUACAGUAUCGGACCGUUUGUGUCGUACCACGCGUUGCAAUGGGCCUGCCUAGUGCUACCGAUCCUGUUCGCUGUGACGUUCUUCUUCAUGCCGGAAACACCGGCGUACUACAUCUCGAAGGGUGAAAAGGACCGUGCGGUGGAUUCGUUGUGCUUCCUGCGCGGCAAAACCGUCGACGGCAUUCAGGAGGAGCUGAAAGAAAUCACCACGACCGUUGAGGAGUCGCUCAAGAACAAGGGCACGGUUAUGGAUCUGUUCCGUAAUGCGGGCAACGUCAAAGCGCUUAUCAUCUGCGCGGGUCUGAUCAGCUUCCAGCAGCUUUCCGGUAUCAACGUGAUCCUGUUCUAUAGCCAGAGCAUCUUCGCGAGCACGGGAAGUAGUCUGGAACCUGCCAUUUCCACCAUCCUGGUCGGUGCGGUACAGGUGUUAGCCAGCGGUGCCACACCUUUGAUCGUCGAUCGGCUCGGACGAAAGCCAAUUUUGCUUACAUCGGCCGGUGGAAUGUGCUUGUCGCUCGGUACGAUGGGACUUUACUUUUUCCUCAAACACAUCGACUCACCGGCAGUGCCAAGCGUUGGCUGGCUACCGAUCAUGUCGCUCAUCUUCUUCGUUACCGUGUACUGCAUCGGUUUCGGGCCGCUACCAUGGGCCGUCCUGGGUGAGAUGUUCCCAGCCAACGUGAAGUCGAUUGCGUCCUCGAUCGUCGCGUCAACCUGCUGGGUGCUCGGCUUUAUCAUUCUGCAGUUCUUUGCCGAUCUUGACAAGGCCGUCGGAUCCCACUGGUCGUUCUGGAUCUUUGGCAUCCUGUGUGGGGUAGCGUUCGUGUUCACCUUCACCACCGUCAUGGAGACGAAGGGAUUAAGCUUGCAGGAGAUUCAGGAUCGAUUGAACGGCAAAGAGUAGCCGAUUUCGUUGCAAAUUUACCAUCGUUCAAACUGUCAAAGAAUAGCAAAUAGUUUAACCAUGGUCUUGCAAAUCAAGAUCUACUUAGGGAUCUGUUCGGCGGUCGUACCUAUUUCGAUUAACUAUUUUUUAUUAUGAUAAACCCAUAUUCACUUCUCUCAGUAAGUGUAUACUUUAAGUCGCAGUGCUUUACUGUAAAUGAUGCCGAUAAAGGAAUGUGCACCUGACGAUGAUGUCAGUAUACUGAAAGUAACACAUAAUUUAGUAGCAUUAGUUGUUAUUAGAUUCAUUUGAAAAAUUAAUAAAUAACUAGUUGUUUUUGUGUCUUUAAAAUUAUUAUACU